UUGACAAUAACUAUAAAAGUACUACUAAGCUCACGUCCGUCGUUUCUUCCUGGUUCUAGGUUAUUUUGCUAUUCUCUACGCUCAAAGGCUGCCACUCCUUCCUCUCUGCGGUAAAAUGGCUACCGUUCCAGGGCCUUUGAUUUGGGAGAUCGUGAAGAGGAACAACUCCUUCCUCGUGAAGGAGUUCGGGAAUGGGACUGCAAGUGUGCAGUUCAGCAAAGAAGGCAACAAUCUAUACAACGUCAACUCUUAUAAGCAUUCAGGCUUGGCAAACAAGAAGACGGUUACGAUUCAACCCGGAGGGAAAGAUCUUUCGGUGGUGCUUGCCACGACGAAGACGAAGAAACAGAACAAACCUACUAGCCUGACCCACAAGUCGGUCAUGAAGAAGGAGUUCCGUCGCAUGGCCAAGGCUGUUACUAACCAGGUUGCGAACAAUUAUUACAGGCCAGAUCUAAAGAAUGCAGCUCUUGCAAGGCUUAGUGCUGUUCACAGGAGUCUUAAGGUUGCCAAGUCUGGUGUGAAGAAGAGGAACAGGCAGGCUGUGAAGGUCCGUGGUAGGAAGUGAGAUGCGUGUGAACCUUUUUCAAUCAUUUUCAAAGCCAUUCCAUUCCUUGUAUUUGGUAGAAAUAGAUUUCCUUUUCUAUUAUGUUUUUUAAUUGAGUUGAAAAGAACACAUCGGUUUUUGGAUUGGCUCCUGAGUUUAGAAAGCUUUUAGUUUAGAAACAGAGUUUUGUGACACCUUUUGGGAUAUCCUUGCAAUUGUUAAGGUUGAUGGUAUGCUUAUGCUAUGAGGCCUA